AUGAAGCUUGAUGCAACAGAUCUGCGAUACAUCACUUCGGAUGAAUUUCGCGUGCUGACUUCAGUAGAAAUUGGAUCGAAGAACCACGAAGUUGUCCCAACUCCACUCAUCGUACAAAUCUCCGGGCUUCGAAAUGGAGGUGUUAACAAGCUUAUCGGAAAUUUGGCAAAACGCAAUUUGAUCGCUAAAGUUCAGAACUCGAAGUAUGAUGGCUAUAGAUUAACGUAUGGCGGAUAUGAUUAUCUGGCGAUGCGCGCACUAUCCAAGCGAGACUCGAUGUAUUCUGUUGGAAACCAGAUCGGCGUCGGGAAGGAGGCUGAUGUAUAUAUCGUUGCAGACUCGGAGGGCAAUCAAAUGGUUCUUAAACUGCACAGGCUGGGCCGUAUUUCAUUUCGCGCCAUCAAGGAAAAACGAGAUUAUAUGGGGAAACGCAAAUCAGCAUCGUGGAUGUACAUGUCACGACUAGCCGCGCAGAAAGAAUGGGCCUUUAUGAAAAUCCUCCACGAACACGAUUUCCCGGUCCCUCGGCCCAUUGAUCAAGCCAGGCAUUGCAUUCUUAUGGAAGCGAUCGAUGCGUACCCGCUACGACAGAUCGCAGACGUUCCAUCGGCAGGGAAGUUGUACUCGACGUUAAUGGACAUCAUCGUACGAUUUGCACGGGCGGGGCUUAUUCAUGGGGAUUAUAACGAAUUCAAUAUUCUGAUCCGCCGGGACAGUGGUGAACCGGUAGUUAUUGAUUUUCCGCAGAUGGUCAGUACGUCGCACGAAAAUGCCGAAUGGUACUUCAAUCGCGAUGUGGAAUGUAUACGUACCUUCUUCCGCCGACGUUUCAAGUACGAAAGUGCAUUGUACCCCAGAUUCAAGGCCGUUAAAGCCGAAUCAAAUGGGGAACAUGGUGAUUUCCAAUUGGAUGUGAUGGUUGCAGCUAGCGGUUUUGCGAAGAAGGACCAGAAAACAUUAGAAGAGUACAUGGAAGCUGUCCAAGCAGAGGAACUUCGGGACAGCGGUGAUCAAAACAGCUCCGAUGUGGAGGAGGAGGAAGAGGAAGAGGAGGAAGAGGAUGAGGAUGAGGAUGAAAGUGAAGUUAAUGACGUCCUGGACGACGGAGACAACUUCCAGGUUGGAUCCGGCGGCAGUGGGCACAAUGAGUCGGAAAUGCAGGAGCGUCAAGACCUGGAAACCCCAUUGAGCACCGAAGUACCGUCGUGUUCACUACCUCCGCCAAGCACCGACGAACACAACAUCUCUGACCCAAUUUCCCGGUCCUCCAGCCGCAUGUCUCAAUUGUCAAGAUCACCUCCACGCUCCCGCUCGCCUUCGCCUGACACCUUGGCAAAAAUGGCGGCUUCUCUGACCCUGCAGAGCGCUGCAUUAAGGGACAGGGUCGCUUCUGACCUUGCGAAGCGUUCGCGCCAGCAAAAAAAGUAUCACACGAAACGUAGUGCGCAAAGAGCUGGACGACCGCAAGGAAGCAAAGCAAAGCAGGAUACACGGGUCAAACUAGACAAAAGCGGAAUAUGGGAGUAA